CAGCCAUCUUCUCCCUCAAACUCGGCUCCCUUUCUCCUUCAAAUUUCAUUCCAUCUUUCAUCUCCAUGGAUUCAAACUACCCAACAAAGUUCACAGAGAAACGAACCUUCACCAACAAGCUUGUCAAGCAUUUGUGCAACUCUGGACUCCCCAGAAUUGUCCGGAUUUCCGUUACCGACGAGGACGCGACCGACACGUCCAGCGACGACGAAGAACGACAAGACCGACCACAACGAGUGACAAGAAGGGUCAUCAACGAGGUGAGAAUCGAGGAGGAGUCCGAGGUUGUCAGGGAGAUUCUGUCCAGGAAUCAGAGGCAAAAGUCCAAGUCGACUUUGCCGGACGAGAAGAAGAAAUUCCGAGGCGUACGGCAGCGGCCUUGGGGAAAAUGGGCCGCCGAGAUUCGUGACCCGUUUAAGAAAACCCGUGUUUGGCUUGGAACGUUCGACACGGCGGAGGAGGCAGCUCUGGCGUACGACAUGGCCGCCAUUGCCAUGAAAGGACAUAACGCUCUCACGAACAUCAUCCCUCCUCCUCCUCCCCCUCCUAAACUCCUCGUUGUUUCCGAACCUGAUUCUCCUUCUUGUUCUCCGUCCAGUUCAACUGAUCACACCGUUGUCAUUGGCCAGUAUGAUUCUGGGAAAGAGUGUCAGAGCCUUCGCUCCCCGACCUCUGUUCUCAGCGGCGGUAAAAACCAGUGGAGACCUGUUUCGAAGGAGCAAGACGAGUCCCAUCUCGUUAAAGACUGUGGUUUCUUUGAUGGUGUGAUCAGUCCUAGUGAAGCUAUAUUUUUCGGUGUUUCAGAGCCGAUUCUGGUGGAGGAAAUGAACAUGGUGCCGGAGUCAGUGUUACGAGACGACUUGUCCGACAUUUCGCUGGAUUCCGUCGGGGAUUUCAGGUCAUGUAAAUGGAAUGUGGAGGAUUUCUUUCAAGACCAAUGUGGUGGUUUCUGAGUGAAUAAUGGCGUCAUAAUCGGAGUUUUGACAUAGAUGAUCAGUAGUCCAUGUUAGUA